AUGCUCUUACUCUGGUGGAAUGUAUCAGAGCUUACCGCAUUAUCAUUAAGCAAUGGUAGUAGACCUUUUGAUGUAAUAGCAGAAAGAAAACAAUUACCAUCCGUGUCCAUAGCUUUACUGCUAGCUGUUAUGAUUGGUACUUUUGAGGAUUUAGCCUUGUCUUUGGGAUCUGGCUUGUUUCUAAAUAUCAUGGGAAUAUCAUCAGAUUCACCCAUGCGGGCUCCUGCUCAGCGUUUUCUUUCACUAAGGGCUCUCGGUGCUCCUGCUGUUGUAGUGUCUUUGGCUCUUCAAGGAGUUUUCCGUGGGUUUAAGGAUACAAAAACUCCUGUUUUAUGUCUAGGUAUUGGGAAUCUUUUAGCUGUGAUUUUGUUUCCCAUACUUAUGUAUUCUUUCCAAAUGGGUGCAACUGGUGCAGCAAUUUCCACAGUUGUGUCUCAAUAUGUUGUCACCUUCUUAAUGCUAUGGUUUCUAAAUAAGAGAGCAAUACUACUGCCUCCAAAGAUGGGAUCAUUACAAUUUGGAGGAUACAUAAAAUCUGGUGGUUUUCUUCUUGGAAGAACUCUUGCUGUUCUAACAACCAUGACUUUGGGGACAUCAAUGGCUGCUCAUCAGAUAUGCAUACAAGUAUGGUUGGUUGUUUCGCUUCUGGUUGAUGCCCUGGGUGCAUCUGCACAGGUAUUAUCUCUUUCUUUGACUUAUAUUUCUUGCUAUAAUGUUUUGAUCCUACUAAAGUUGCCCAAGUUUUGGACCACUAGUUUUGGCAAAGUUCUGCUUAUUAUUAUUGUUUUUUUUUUUUUGCUCAUACUAGUCAAUAAUAGAGGGAUACUUUAGUUUUAAAUCUGUUGAAAUUUCUCUCUGCAUAGUCAGCAUCUGCACAUGAUUUGUCUCUGUUGAUUUAUGAGUUGUUUACUUGUAGGCUUU